AAACCUCCCCGACAUGCUCUUACAUCCGACUUUGCGCCUUACGCCUCCGACUCCGCCCGACUUCACGCCCAAACGCGGCAAAAACAUUUUCUCUCCGGAUUUCGCGUUCCGCCGACCACCCCCAAGACGGCCUUCUUGCUUUCGACGUGCAGCUCCAAGCCCGACUUGAAGCCUUCGCACGAAGACCUCGGCGACUUUGGGCCUUUGGGCGACUGGUUCGAGCUUAGGACGACGAGCUCAGAACUUCGACAACGAGCUCAGGACUUCGACAACGAGCUCAGGGCUUCGACGGCGACUUUAAGCCCUCGAACGCCGAUUUCGAUUUCCCUUCGGACUUAG